UCAAGUGUUUGAAACUAUCUACAUUGCAUACGAAUAAACCAUUUCGUAAAUCGUCCUGUAUCAAUUGGUCGAGUGUGUAGGAAAUUCAACCGAGUUUAUUCGUAAUUUAGGUAGAUUUUGGAGGACAGUGCAGUAUUUAUUCGGGCAUGCGUGGUGGCGUGGCUUCUAAAACGGAUUGUAGAAGGUCACCUUGAAUAAACACGCCGGCCGGUUCGCAGCUGGUGUCUCUACAUCUUCAGACGCCACCACUACGUGACCUGCCGCACGAGACUUUCUACCUCCAAAAUGGCGACAAUACUGAAGCUGUUUCAAACGCUCCAGCCCAAGCAGGAAGACACUGGCAGUAAGAUAACCGUCGUUGGAGCUGGUCAAGUCGGUAUGGCUGCGGUCUUCUCGAUGCUUACGCAGGGAGUUUCAAACAACUUAGCUAUUGUAGAUGUGAUGGCGGAAAAGCUUCGAGGAGAAAUGCUGGAUCUUCAACAUGGAUCAGCUUUUAUGAAUAAUGCCAAGAUUAAUGCUAGCACCGAUUAUGCAAUUACUGCUGGGUCAAAGAUUUGUGUGGUGACGGCUGGUGUCCGGCAACGAGAAGGAGAGACUCGGCUUGAUCUGGUGCAGAGAAAUACUGACAUCUUAAAAGUCAUCAUCCCAAAACUGCUACAGUAUAGUCCUGACACAAUCUUCCUAAUUGCCAGUAAUCCGGUAGAUAUAUUGACUUACGUCACGUGGAAAAUCAGCGGGCUCCCAAAGCAUAGAGUUAUUGGUUCGGGAACGAACCUGGAUUCUGCAAGAUUCAGAUAUCUUCUCUCUGAAAGACUCUCUAUCGCAACCACCUCCUGCCACGGUUAUAUUAUUGGAGAGCACGGAGACAGUAGUGUGCCAGUUUGGUCGGGUGUCAACAUCGCUGGUGUUAGACUCAGUGAUAUGAAUCCUGAGAUCGGAACUGACAAAGACUCUGAAGGCUGGAAAGAUAUCCAUGAUAUGGUAGUAAAAAGUGCGUACGAAGUUAUCAAAUUGAAGGGAUACACAUCAUGGGCCAUUGGACUCUCGAUUUCGCAGUUGUGUCAUGCUAUACUAACAAACGCAAAUAGUGUACACGCAGUGACAACAUAUGUGAAGGGUGAACAUGGAAUCGAACAAGACGUGUUUUUGUCUCUGCCAUGCGUUUUGGGGUCUAGUGGAGUAUCGGAUGUGAUACGACAACGUUUGACCGAAAAUGAACAAACCCAAUUUCGCAAAUCGGCCGAAAUUAUGGCAAAAGUUCAGGCAGGAAUAAAGUUUUGAUUUGACAUCAAAGUUUGUGUCUUAAAUUAUUCAAUGUGACGUGUUCGAUGUUGUGACUGUUUGGCUUAUACACGGAAUGUGAUAAGCGAUAUUUUUUAUUCUUAUUGUCUCUUGCAUUUAAUGAUUAUAAAAUAUGUUUAGAGUCAUUUUAAUAGAGAUAUUAUAUUAAAAUCUUUUUUAUACGUUUGAGUUGUUGAGAAUUUGAAGUGGAUUUAUAAUUACAUCUAACUGUACUGAUUUUAUUAAGUAUUUUGACAAAUAUUCGGGAUAUUUGAAUAUAAUUUUAUUUUAAUGUUUAAUGGACCUCAACACUAUUAUAAUAUUAUUAAUUUAAUUAAUAAGCCAAAGUAGGUUUUGUAAUUUUGAUAUGCUUUAACAUCUCUUUUUGUAUUUAAAAAUUACUUAAUAGGCACAUGCUAUCUGUAAUAAAUGUUGGAAAAUACAA